AUCAGCAUCGUUGUGCUCAGCUGUGAUUAUUUUGAGGUCCAUCCUCGUCCUGCAGCUGCUGUGUUUAACGCUCCCUGCUCACUCCUCACUGCUCCUGCUGUCUGGGUAGCAGAAUCGCCCCUCAGGAUGGAGAUGGAGAGCUGUGCUCAGUCUGCAAACGGAGAAAUGACAGAGGACCUGUCUCAGCAGCUGCAGGAGAUCAUCAACACAUACCAGCUGAACGAACAGAAACAGGAAACAGAGGAGGACGAGAUGGAGGAGGAAGAGGAGGAGCCCAAGAGCAGAGAGCAGAAGAUGGAGAAAAAGAUGCUGAAAGGCCUCGGGAAGGAAGCAAUGCUGUUGAUGCAGAGUCUGAAUAAACUGGGGACGCCUGAGAAGAAACUGGACACUCUCAUUAAAAAACAUGCUGAACUGCUGGAGGAGCACCGCUCAGACCAGAAACAGCUGAAGAUGCUGCAGAAGAAGUUUCUCCAGGUGCUGAAGGAGAAAGAUCAGCUUCAGGGUGAACACAGCCGAGCCGUUCUGGCCCGCAGCAAACUGGAGAGUCUGUGUCGAGAGCUGCAGAGACACAACAAGACCCUGAAGGAGGAGACUCUGCAGAGGUGUCGUGAAGACGAUCUGAAGAGGAAGGAAAUCACCACACAUUUCCAGAGCACACUGAGUGACAUCCAGGCCCAGAUUGAGGAGCACAGCAGCCGAAACAACAAACUCUGUCAGGAGAACAGCGAGCUGGCCGAGAAACUCAAAGAUCUUAUUUCCAAAUACGACCAGCGGGAGGCGAAUCUUGAGAAAGUAUUCAAGCACAGAGACCUGCAGCAGAAAUUACUGGAGACGAAACUGGCACAGGUCAGCCUGAUCCUCAAAGAGUCUGAGGAGAAACACAAGCUGGAGAAAGAGCACUUACUGAAGCAAGCAGCAGAGGCCAAACUACACGUUAAACUUCUGAAAGAGCAAGAGGUUGAUAUGAAGGCUCAGCUUGUUGUGUAUUCAGAGAAGUUUGAUGAACUGCAAGGAUCAGUGUCUAAGAGUAAUGGUGUUUAUGCCAGCUUCAAACAGGACAUGGACAAGAUGGCGAAGAAGAUGAAAAAGUUGGAGAAAGAGGCAUCUGCCUGGAAAUCCCGCUUUGACGGCUGUAAUAAAGCUCUGGUUGAUAUGGUUGCUGAUAAAACCCUGAAGGAGAAGGAGUUCGAACUCUUCACUUUGAAGACCCAGAAGCUGGAGAAUCUCUGUCGAGCUCUUCAGGAUGAGAGAAAAACCCUAAUUCAGAAGCUCCAACAACCUGAAGAAAACACAGCCUCUCCUCCAUCCAUAAAUACUGAGAAACCUACAGAGGAAGCAGCAGAAAUUAAAGAGGAAGCUGCAGAAAGUAAAGAGGAAGCAGUGUCCAUAACAGAAGCGGUCAGUAAAGAAGCAAGCCCAUCAUUUGAACCAGCCAGCGAUCCUCCAUCAGAGGCAACACUGUUAAACAAAGAGCUGAGGAACCUGAAGGAUGAGAAAGCUCGUCUGCUGGAGCUAGCCGAUGUUUUUAGCAUCCGACGCCAUCUUCCGGCUGAAGCUUAUGAAGACACGGGUGUCUGUGUUGCGGAGGAUAAACAGGAGGAGACGGAGGAGACGGGAUCCCUCGAAGAAACACUGUCUGAAGAACACCAGGAGCUCAGAGACAAAGACAUGCUGUCGGUGGAUUAGACAGACUAAUAGUGUGAGAACAAUCUGAAAUAAAAACAUUUAUACAACCUAA